AUGUUGGUGCUAGCCUGCUCUACCAAAUUACUGACACUGGAAAAAAUGCUGAAGAGUCAUUUUCCUGAAUCACUCAAGGUGUACGGAGCGGUGAUGAACAUAAACCGGGGGAAUCCCUUUCAAAAGGAAGUGGUGUUGGAUUCGUGGCCAGACUUCAAAGCUGUUAUCACUCAGCGGCAGAAAGAGGCUGAGACAGAUAACCUGGACCAUUACACGAACGCCUAUGCCGUGUUCUACAAGGACGUCGCAGCUUACCGGCGGCUGCUGGAGGAGCGUGAUGUUAUCAACUGGGACCAGGUUUUUCAAAUACAAGGGCUGCAGAGUGAGUUAUAUGACAUUUCCAGAGCUGUCGCCACCUCGAAGCAGGUGGAUGUGAAGCUAACUUCCUUCAAGGCGGUUCGACUUUCUCCUGGUUCAGCUCUGCCAGACACCAGUUUCCUGUAUGUAAACCAAGUUUCUGUGUUUGGGAUGGGGCUUCCUGCUAUAGAAAUACCAAGAGUGGCAUCUGGAGCACUAAGCCCCUUCCUGGGAAACACUUUGAUUAUGACCAAAGUGAACACAGGUGACUGUGGCAGGCAGUUAGACAGACAUGAGCAGAGCAAGGACGAACGGCCAGGAACAGGUCACCAGCGUGGAAAGCCCCAGAUUUCUAGCAAGCGACAAUUAUAG